AUGGCACCCCGGAUACAAAGCCGGCGUGUCUCCAGCACGCUCCUCCCCUACCUUGGGCCCUCCUUAUCUACUUCCAUCCCCUCUCUCCCGUCAUUACCCUCCGUCUUCUCGACCUUCUCCCGUUCAUUCUCCGCCACAGCCCCUUCACAGAGCAAACUCCGUCGGGAGAUGUUCGAAUGGUUGGACGGGCCAGGAUCCGAACUCAAACACCACAAGCCCAACCGGACAAACUAUGUGUCUCAAUACCGGAAAAUGAUUGGAAAAGAAUACAGAGAUCUUAAACAAUACCCUUUCCCGGAGAACCCGACGUUUAUCAGCCAGAGUAUUUUGAGUUUGCCACUCCAAAAUGAAAUUUAUAAACGAGUGGUGGAGGAGAAGCAGACUGUGCGCGAGGUCAGCGUCACUUUCGGGGUCGACAUGAGGCGCAUUGCGGCUGUGGUGCGGCUGGUUGAGUUAGAGAAGCGACAGCGAUCACAGGGAAAACCUCUUGCACUGCCAUAUGCGAGGGCAAUCCAUGAAAUGGUACCUACCACGGGUAUUGCUAGAAAUCCCGACCAACAGAAAAUGCAUGAGUCCAUCAACGACCUCCCCAUGCAUCCCCUCACCGGUGCCCAGAUGUUUUACCCGGUGCCGGAAUCACGGUCCUUUACGCGUGUGGAUGCAGGCCGCGUCUUCUCUGGCGCGCCCGCUCAGGAACACAAGAUUGCCGAGAAAUGGUCUUCGCCACACCACGUUGCCGAACGCGUGCCCAAAAGGCCACACUUGAUCGAAUUGGUCGGCAAGGGCGACAAUGCUCGCCAGGUGCUGCAGCCAGCCGACGCACGCAUCCCACACCCACAGCUGAUCGCCCUUGAACGUGACCUCGCCAAGUACCCAGAUGAGCCCCUCCUUGUCGAGCAACGUCACCAAGACCGGCUCCGAGACCAAGCGGAGGCGGAGCAGAAGCAGCGUGAAGCUGCCCAGGCCCGCCGGGAACGCAAAAUCACGAGUGUUAGUCCCCAGGAGUCGCGUUUUGACUACCGCAUCAAGGAAGUUGCUUUUACUACGCAGACCACCGGCCGCGAUGGCCGUGCGCCCUGGGCUCCGGGCCGCCGGUACGGUGUGCCGUCGGACGACCGCAAGCGCGGCAUGCGCAAGGUCCCGACCCGAGUGGAGGCCUGA